AUGAAAAAACAGGGUAAUAACAUGAACAACUUUAAUGAUAUAAAUAAUAAAAAUGAUGAAUCACAAUCCAAUUAUAUAAAUGCCAAUGUAGAAAAUUCAAAAUAUUGGCAGUAUAACACAAUCUUGCUUUAUAAUUUAAUUAUGGUAUAUAAUUGUGAAUGGCCAUCUCUCUUUGUUGAAUGGAUGCCAAACGUUUAUAAACGAAACCAGGAUUAUUAUUCUCAAGAUUUAAUACUAGGAACGUAUAGCACUGAAAAAAAUAACUACAUACUCGUUUUAGAAGUGAGUUUACCAAGCGAAGAGUUAUCUCAAUCAAAUUUUUAUUAUGACAAAAUUUGUGAUUUUAGACAUAAUUCAUCUAAUGAUACAAAUAAUAAAUUUAAGAUAAAAAAAAAAAUAUAUCAUGAAUGUGAAAUAAAUAAAAUAAGUUAUAAUCCAGAAAAAUCAGAUAUUAUAGCAUGUUUUUCAUCCAGUGGAAAUAUACACAUUUUAAAUUUAAAUGAUUAUGAAUAUGAUGAAACAGAAUUAAAGAAUAAUAAUGUGUGCAAUUUUGAUUAUACUUUAAAAGCUCAUUCAGGUGAAGGAUGGGGAUUAAAAUGGGAUAAAGAAACAAAAUUAAUAUCAUCGUGUGCAGAUGAUUCUUAUUUAUGUAUAUGGGAUAUAAAUUCUAGUAGUAUAUCAAAAGAUAAUAUUAGUGUAAAACUUGAUACAGUUACAAAUUCAUCGCUAGAUAAUGUUAAUAAUAAUUCUUCUAAAGGAAUAAUAAAUCCUGUUAUCAAAUUUUUUAAUAAUAAUAUUCCAUUGGAAGAUUGUUGUUGGCGUGGUCAAAAUAUAUUAACAGUAACAGAUGAUGGCCAAUUACAUAUAUAUGAUAUUCGAAUUAAAAAUGCAAUAAAUUCAAUAAAGGUUACAAGUCAUACAUUAAAUUCAGUUGAUGUUAAUCCACACAAUAAUAAUCUAUUUGCAACAGGGGGUACAAAUAAAGAAAUCGAUUUAUGGGAUAUUCGUUAUACUAAUAAAUCAUUACAUCGAAUUAUUUCUCAAAAAGAAAAUAUAAUAAAAUUGCAAUGGGAUAAGCAUCAGCCAGGAAUAUUAUCAUCAUCAUCUAGCGAUAAAUAUAUUUAUUUUUUUGAUACAAAUAAAAUCGGAAUAGAACAAACUUAUGAGGAAUCCCAGGACGGGCCACCAGAACUCAUAUUUAUUCACGGUGGACACUCCUCGAAUGUAUUAGAUUUUUCCCUCAAUUCAUCUUAUUCAAUGAUGAUUUCUUCGAUCAGCGAAGAUAAUUCUCUUCACAUUUGGCAACCGUCACGACAAGCCUAUGAGGAUGAGUCAGAUAGCCAUGAGGAUACAGAAGUUGAAUAG